CCCUCAGAAGUUAAAAAAAAAUGUGCAGAAUGGUUUUAACGAUGUUAAAAAUAUAAUUAAUCAUAACCAAACCUUAUUUUGAAUAUAACAUAGCUUAUAUGCAGUUUAAAGGGCAUGAAACGUGAAUGAACAAUACAUGUUCGCAGUCUACGUGUUUACCCCACGUGACACGUGACUAAAAAUGGUUGGUUCAUUAGGACUGUAUUGAUUUAUUAUAACCUGCGCUUUCGAAGUAUUCAGAAAGGAAUAAAGAAACCAAACAAGGGUCAUUUUGAGCUUACUUUGAUGAGAAGAUGUAACGUAGACUUGAGCGGACAGUAAAGGAUUGAUUCAAACAAAUCAGUAUAAAGGACUUAGGCAGCCAUCAUGGAGUGGCACAUAAUGAACGCGGGGGGAGUAACCAGUCUGGGGAGUAACCUGGGCUGUGUGGAGGACUCCCAGUACAUACCUUCAGAGGAAUGUAAAGACGUUUUAGUUGAAAUCUUGAUCCAGCUUAAAGAUGAAGAUCCCCAACAUAGGUCGACGCGGCGACAAAUCUUCUACAGUCAUCUGGUAGAAAAGGAUCUUUGUUCAAUGAUAAAGUUUCUGAGAGAUGAACCAGACAUUUUUGGCUUGGUUUUAAGGAUACUGGCCAAUCUAACACAACCGGUGGAAAGCCUGAUUCAUUCUACAGGGUACACCAUGACAGAGGCAACUCAGGCUGGGUUGUCAUGGCAGCAGGGAGUGGAGAGUUCCCUACAUCACUACAGAGCUCUCUUCACAGAUAAAUCUCUCAUGUCAAGCAUCUUUGAGGAAAUCAAUACUCUUAUAGCAGAGUCUGAGGGAUACCCCCUGUCAGAGGAGAGUUGUGACACCAUUAAUCAGUGCCUCCUUUUGCUGAGGAAUCUCCUCCACUUCCCAAGCAGCCUUGAUGACAACAGCAGCAAAGAACACGAAGUUCUCCUCAAAAUCCUGUUUGAGUGUGACUUUACUGAGAGAUUAAUUAGCAUUCUGCAGCUCUCCCAAAGGGAAUACUGGACAGUGACUGCAGUGCAGCUGGUGACUCUUAUAUUUAAAGGCCACAUAGGAGAGAUGUUCCUCCAGAACGUGUCAGACAGUAACACAGUCACGUUUCAGCUGGAGCCGGCCCUGGAGGAAUCUCACGAAUGUCUGAUGUGUGGAUGUCAACACAGCGACAAGGACUUCCAGUGUAUUAAUUACCUCGAGGAAAACAUCUCCAAAAAUCUCCGUCUCAGAUCAAGCAAGAGUUCCUCUCUCAGUGGGUCCAGUUCUGAUCUCACGGAACAGGAGGAUGAAAGCUUACUGAAGUAUUUGAAAGACUUUGCUCUCCAGUUUCUCACGAAGGCCUUCUGUAACAUGGUACACGAUCUCAGGCAUAUCCUCACCUCCCCAUACAAUGCUCUGAUUGAUGAAAUCUACCUGUUAUGGCUGCUGGCAUUUUUCCUCAAGUAUGCCAGACAUCAGCAUGUGGACUUUCAUUACAUCAGGGGCACCUUCUCGACGGACAUGUACGGUUUCCUGGUUUACGAGGGUGUGGUGAACUCGGAGGAGCUGGUGAUAGCCCAGAGGAACAAGCAGGACACCACCAAAUACCUAAGGAGAUUACAUUUGACGUUAGGUGCUGUGAGAGAAAUGUUGCAGGGUCUGAAGUUACACUGUGAGAGUACGAGUCUUAACCAAGCUGAUAUCACAUAUCUGGAGAAUUUACAAAAGGAUCUGGCCAGUACAGAAGACCUACCUCAAGUGUUCCUACUUCUGAUCAGAAACUUCCAGAUGCACACUCACAAUCUCAAGUUCUUACAAGACGUCAUCGUCACCAACCACCUGCUGCUUCUCCUGAUGGACGUCUGGAAUAAAGGCUUCGGCAAAAAGGGGUUCCACAUGCUGGACCAUGUCAAACAAUUUGCCACAACAGAAGUGAUGCAGAAAUAUGGUCGCCUACUUGAGAACUUUGAGUAUAACAAUGCCGUAGUAAAUAACUGUAUAUUUACGAUGAUGCACCACAUCGCUGGUGACUGUGAGAAACCCACCGCCCUGUUACAGGUCCAGAUACUCCGAACCUUCCUAGAAAUACUGGACAGUAACACACCUUUAUCUCAGGAGAAGACAGACUUGAUCGAGUUCAUUCUUCAGAAAUUCAUGGUUGAGGCGGAACAUAAUCCAUUUUCUUGUGCUUUACAACUGUUUGGAGAAAUGCCAGUUAAAGGGGAGAACAGAAAUUCGGAGGAAGCGGGAGUCGAGGAGGAAGAUUUAGAUGAGGAUGAGGAGGAUGCUGAGGAGACAAAGAAGGAGAAGGACAUCCUGUUGAUGUUGUACACGGAGCUGAUGGGGCAGCCCGGGGCGCUAGGGACCAUCUCCUGUAAACUCCAGGAAUUCGGCAUCAAGAAAACAGAAAAACAGAUUUCCGAGGAUCUGAAGGAAUUUGAUUGGUUGACAGAUGAAAGGAACACACAGGAGUUGGAGGAAGAGAAGUCAUCGUCAGAGAGCGAUAUGGACCAGGAGUCAUCUCCCCUUGAUCUGUCCAGUCUGAGUGAUUCUGAGAUCGUCAUGCACUGUAUAGACAAGCUGAAGGAGUCGGGGUACGAGUCUCACCUCAAGUGGUUACAGCGGCAGUUCUGCGAGGUCGCUUACGCUAAAUCUGCAGUUUGUGUGAGUAGUCUUCAGAAACAAGAGGCAGAGGAACCUGUAGCCAGAUUCCAUGUCAUUAAGAACAAAUCAGUGCCAUUAGUACUGUACAACGAAGAACAAGAACAACUGAUGCAUAAUCCCUACUUUGUUACCUUACUUCAAUUCCUCGGACUUCACAUGCCGGAAGAUGUAGGUCUGAUGUAUCCCAGAAUUCCUCAUUUCUGGACCAUACAACAUCUGCUGGAGAAAGCCAGUCUGAUUGGAGAGCUAAAUAUAGAGCAACUCAAAUUUGAUCCAGUGAAGUUGAAAGAGGGAAGAGAAGCAACAGAAAUUCCAUUCCAAUUCAAAAUAGAGGGAAAGGACGACAUCACAUUUGAAAAACUGAGAAAGAUUCCGGAUUCCAUUUGGAUGAAGAUGAUCCAGCAAUACAACAAACAUUCCGGUGGCGACUCGAAUUGUGGCAGCCAGACGCGCACAGCGAGCCAAGCCUCGUGAUCGUGGCUUCUUCACAGAGACUAAAUCAGAAGCCACAAAGUGGUGCUCUUGUCAAUCAGCUGGCUAGCACUGAUAUAAUAAAAAAAAUGAUGGAGAAUUUCAGACAAAGUUUGAAGAGCCAGAGAACAAUUUUACAUGUUUAAUUGGUGUACACACGUAGAAUGUUUGGGACUUCCACUGAAGCCAUUGAGGCAAUGUUUCAAGCCAAGACAAAAGAACUGAACAUGAGCUAGACAGGUUCUAGUCGAAGAAUACUCAAGGGAAAAUAGAUUCUAGGCUGUGUGUUAUUCUGGAGAUAAAACUGUAGCCGUUUUUCUUGCAUAUUUAACUUAUCACAGAGACAUUCAUUAGAGGUACAGGGUCUAGACUGUCUAUAUUUGGGACAUGAGAGCAGCGCCUCAUCUGGGAAAUAUCACCAAUUACUGCCACCGUCUUGACAGACCUGAGAGAAUCAUUGAAAAUCUAUCGGUAGUAAAAUUAAGAAAAAUCAUCUUAUGUCAGUAAAUACAUGUACACACUCUAUAUGCGUCAUAAGUUGAAUUGUAGCAUCAAAGAUAAACAUGUCAUCUGUUUUGAACACAUCAACAUCAAGUUUUCAUUUAUGUAUAAUAUGUGUACUAUAAAGCUAAAUAUGAAGAUCCGUAGUUUAUUGGACUUGGAUGUAGUAUUGUACUGAAUUACUGUGUUCUGUUAGGUGUUAUUUGGGCAUUACAUGUUUUUACUUGUUAAAACUUGAGUAAACAUAUUUCUAUGUCUGUAUUUGACAUUAAAGUUCAGCAUUUAAUGUAAUGUUGAAUUGUUUCUUUUAUUACAGAGCUCUACAUUUCAUAUUUCUUAUUAAGUAAAAGAACUUAAUGAAAUUUUCUUAUAAUGCUCAAGACUGACCUUUAAGACUGACCUUUAAGAUUUCUUUGAUAUUCAUAAUUCAUAUUAGUUGUCUUUAUAGUGUUAAUUAAACAGCUGAAGUAUUUACACCAUCUCUCUCUCUCUCAAGGUAAUCCUAACUGUCCAUGUUGAAGCCUGUAUGAUUUUUUGUCAAACUAUAAUUAUUGAUACCUAAUGGCUAUUGUAAUUUUACAGGACUGGUGGUGAUAAAAUUGUUUUUUGAAACAGAAAGCAUGUAAAAUGUGCCAUGAUCUGAACGUUGGUUUAUAUUACACUAGUUUCUCUCUGAAGGUCAUUGUUAUUAAACUGAAGUAUUUAUUGUAUUUGCUGUUAACUUUAUUGCCAAAUAUUGUUUAUCAUGUCAACUGUUUUAAAAAAAUAAAUCUAAAUGACUAA